AUGUCCGAAAUAUCUGGCACCGAAACCUGCACCUCGACAGACCACAGUACUAGCAAAAUGGAGAAGGGCAGUAUCGUGUCGCCGUCGCCUCAGGACGACUCUGUCAAAACCAUACAGGCGGAGGAAAGGGCGCAGCAGUUGAAUGAGUAUCCUGACGGCGGACCAACUGCCUGGCUCGCCGUCGCUGGCGCAACUGCUUGCUUGUUCGUAUCGUUCGGAUGGGUCAACGUCAUUGGCGUUUUCCAGGAAUAUUACCAGUCCAACCAGCUGCGUGAUUACACGCCGUCGGAAAUCGCCUGGAUCCCUUCCCUUCAGAUUUUCUUCAUGUUCGCUGGUGGCAUCUUUGCCGGCAAGGUCUUCGACGACUUUGGACCACGCUACUUGCUCGUCGCCGGCACAUUCUUGCAUGUCUUGGGCUUGAUGAUGACCAGCAUCUCCAAGACGUAUUAUCAGAUCUUGUUGAGCCAAGCAGUCUGCUCUGCCAUCGGCGCCUCGCUCGUCUUCAGUCCUGCGUUUUCAAGUGUCUCGACUUGGUUCCUCAAGAAGCGCGGCGCUGCACUUGGCAUCGUUGCUGCCGGCUCAUCCAUCGGCGGGCUCGUCUUCCCAGCCCUCAUCAUCAACCUGCUCCCUCGAGUCGGCUUUGGCUGGACCCUUCGCUGCUGCGCAUUCAUGAUCCUAGCGCUCUUGCUGUUUGCAAACUUUGCUCUCACAAGCCGCAUCAGGCCUCAGAAACGUCCAUUGGAGUUUAUGGCAUUUGUUCGGCCACUACGAGAGCCGGCCUUUGCCUUGUGGACUAUUGCAGUCUUCUUCUUCUACUGGGGAAUGUUCGUUCCUUUCACGUUUAUUGUCGCCCACGCAACGGCCCACGGCAUGUCGCCUCAUCUCGCGCAAUACCUCGUUAUGAUCCUGAACGCUACGAGCCUUUUCGGGCGCACCGUGCCUAAUGCCAUGGCCGACAAAGUCGGACCCUUCAACGUAAUGAUCGUCAUGGGGGCGUUGACGUCGAUCCUGAUCCUCGGCCUAUGGCUCCCCUCGACCGGCGAAGCACCCAUCAUCCUGUUCGCAGUGCUAUUUGGCAUAUCAUCAGGCGCUGGCAUCAGUCUCACGCCUGCUCUUUGUGCCAGGCUCUCGCCCAUCCGAGACAUCGGUGUCCGCACCGGUACAGUCUUUACAAUUUCGGCGUUUGCCGGGCUGACCGGAUCUCCCAUUAGCGGUGCCAUCAUUUCAAGGAGCGGCGGGUCCUUCACCAAUGCCAUCGCCUUUGGUGGCACAUCUUGUGCAAUCGGGACGAUGUUUUUUGUAGCUACCAGAGUUGCCUUUGCUGGCUGGAAGCCGGCUAAAAUCUGA